UUGAAACUGACUGGGAACUUGAGUGGCGCCGCGACUUGCCAGUUUCACUCCAGGAACUUUUCUUUGCAGGAGGAGGAGAGAAGGGGUGCAGUCGCCCCCCGCUUUUUGCUUUCUUCCCCCCCUCCUCUCCAAUUCGCCUUCCCCCACUUGGAGCGGGCAGCUGCGGGCUGGCCCCCGCGCGCCUUCCUAAAAGCUCGCCGCUGCGGCCGAGUGACGCGCCAGGCUCCCCGGGAGCCGCUCGCCCCGCGUCCGGGCAGCCGAGGGGAGAGUAGCCCGCGCCUCGAGCCCCCGAGCCGCCGCGGCUUCUCGCCUUUCCCGGCCACCCGCCCCCUGUCCCGGGCCUGCGUAUGAAUCUCCUGGACCCCUUCAUGAAGAUGACCGACGAGCAGGAGAAGGGCCUGUCCGGCGCCCCCAGCCCCUCCAUGUCCGAGGACUCGGCGGGCUCGCCCUGCCCUUCGGGCUCCGGCUCCGACACCGAGAACACGCGGCCCCAGGAGAACACGUUCCCCAAGGGCGAGCCGGACCUGAAGAAGGAGAGCGAAGAGGACAAGUUCCCCGUGUGCAUCCGCGAGGCCGUCAGCCAGGUGCUCAAGGGCUACGACUGGACGCUGGUACCCAUGCCGGUGCGCGUCAACGGCUCGAGCAAGAACAAGCCGCACGUCAAGCGGCCCAUGAACGCCUUCAUGGUGUGGGCGCAGGCGGCGCGCAGGAAGCUCGCCGACCAGUACCCACACCUGCACAACGCCGAGCUCAGCAAGACGCUGGGCAAACUCUGGAGACUGCUGAAUGAGAGCGAGAAGCGGCCCUUCGUGGAGGAGGCGGAGCGGCUGCGCGUGCAGCACAAGAAGGACCACCCGGAUUACAAGUACCAGCCGCGGCGGAGGAAGUCGGUGAAGAACGGCCAGGCGGAGGCCGAGGAGGCCACAGAGCAGACGCACAUCUCCCCCAACGCCAUCUUCAAGGCGCUGCAGGCCGACUCGCCGCACUCCUCCUCCGGCAUGAGCGAGGUCCACUCCCCCGGCGAGCACUCCGGGCAAUCGCAGGGUCCACCGACGCCACCCACCACCCCCAAAACCGACGUGCAGCCGGGCAAGGCUGACCUGAAGCGAGAGGGGCGCCCACUGCCAGAGGGGGGCAGACAGCCCCCCAUCGACUUCCGCGACGUGGACAUCGGCGAGCUGAGCAGCGACGUCAUCUCCAACAUCGAGACCUUCGACGUGAACGAGUUCGACCAGUACCUGCCGCCCAAUGGCCACCCGGGGGUGCCGGCCACGCACGGCCAGGUCACCUACACGGGCAGCUACGGCAUCAGCAGCACAGCUGCGGCCCCGGCGGGCGCUAGCCACGUGUGGAUGUCCAAGCAGCAGGCGCCGCCGCCGCCCCCGCAGGCGCCCCCGCCGGCCCCGCCGGCGCCCCCGCAGCCGCCCGCGCAGGCGCCCCCCCAGCCGUCCGCGCAGGCGCCCCCGCAGCCGCCCGCGCAGGCGCACACGCUGACCACGCUGAGCAGCGAGCCGGGCCAGGCCCAGCGAACGCACAUCAAGACGGAGCAGCUGAGUCCCAGCCACUACAGCGAGCAGCAGCAGCACUCGCCUCAGCAGAUCGCCUACAGCCCCUUCAGCCUCCCGCACUACAGCCCGUCCUACCCGCCCAUCACCCGCUCGCAGUACGACUACACUGACCACCAGAACUCCGGCUCCUACUACAGCCAUGCGGCGGGCCAGGGCUCCGGCCUCUACUCCACUUUCACCUACAUGAACCCGGCGCAGCGGCCCAUGUACACCCCCAUCGCCGACACCUCCGGGGUCCCUUCCAUCCCGCAGACCCACAGCCCCCAGCACUGGGAACAGCCCGUCUACACACAGCUCACCAGACCUUGAGGAACGCUUAGAGAGCGACGAUGGCCAUGAUGAUCGUAAAAAGAACCCAAGAAAUAACGCAACCAACCAGAAUUUCCUUUGGACAUUUUUUUUUUCUUACCUUUAAAGACAUGUACGCUGAAGGCAAGUCGAACUCAGAUUACAAGACAGAAACAUUGACUAUCCAAACGCAUUACCACCUUGUUGUGAAUCAGUGGCCAGGCCACUCUUGGCUAGACGGACCAGCAGAACCGACGGGAAACUGGACUGGAAACCUUCAAAGCAAGCGUGGAGGGUGAUGGAGAUUCGUGUGACCAGUUGGCUCAGUCUCUCUGCCUGUUUGGACUUUGUAAUUAUUUUUUAGCAGUAAUUAAAGAAAAAAGUCCUCUGUGAGGAAUAUUCUCUAUUUUAAAUAUUUUUAGUAUGUACUGUGUAUGAUUCAUUACCAUUUUGAGGGGAUUUAUACAUAUUUUUAGAUAAAAAAAAUUAAAUGCUCUUAUUUUUCCAACAGCUAAACUACUUAGUCGAACAGCGUGCCCUAGCUUUUCUUGCAACCAGAGUAUUUUUGUACAGAUUUGCUUUCUCUUACAGACAAACAGACAAAAAAAAAAAAAGUGUGUGUGUUGUAUUAACCUACAGAAGCCACAGAUUUGUGUUACGUGAUCAGUUUGGGGGGUUAGCUUUGCUUAAUUCCUCAGGCUUUCUGAUUCAAGGAGUUGCCUUAGAAAAAUCAAGGCCUUACUUUGCAAAUACGGAAGUAAACAAUAGUCUAGAGACGAUUUGGUAAGCAUUUGGUAAGCUUUAUCAUAUAUAUGUUUUUUAAACGAGAAAAACACCUUAAAGCCUUAAAACCAUGCUGCUGGAAAAUCCUUGUGCCCUCUUCUAGUGCAUUUAUCCUCCUGUGUUUGCUCACUCACCGCAACCUUAAGAAAGAAGCAAAAAGCAAGCAAAGGAGACGUUUGGGGAAUGUUUCAGCAGCCAAUACUGUGCCCCAGCACACUGCCCCCUGGUUGCCUGCCCGGGCCCCAUGUGGAACACAGAUGCUAGAAUCCUCUCACUUACACUGUCACCUGUGCCUCUCUGAAAACCAGCAGUUAACUUCAAGACAUUCCAUGUGCUAAGAUUAUUUAUUUUGUAAGGAGAGGUUUUAAUUAAAAACAACAAAAAAAUCUUCCUCUUUUUUUUUAAAUUUUUUAAAUUUACCUUCUUUAAAAUAGGUUGUUGGAGCCGCGUCCUCAAAGGGUAUGGUCAUCUGUUGUUAAAUUAUGUCCUUAACUGUAACCAGUUUUUUUUAUUUAUCUCUUUAAUCUUUUUUUUUAUUAAAAACAAGUUUCUUUGGAUUCCUUGUCCUAGAUUUGUAUAAAUGCCUUUUUGUCUGUCCUUUUUUUUUUUUCCUCUUUGUUGUUUUGUUGAAAACAAACUGGAAACUUGUUUCUCUUUUUGUACAAAUGAGAGUUUGCGGAUGUAGUGUAUCACUGAGUCAUUUGCAGUGUUUUCUGCCACAGAUCUUUGGGCUGCCUAAACUGUGUGUGCGCGUGUGCGUGUGUGUGUGUUGUGACUCAAUGUGUCAAAAGCGUGUGUCAUCGAUGUUCCCCUUCGUGUUCUCUUGGAGAGGGGGAGGAGCGGGGAGGGGGGGUCAGCCCACUGACAGACCUUAAUUCUUAAUUCUGUGGCUGGGGAGUGAGGAUUGCUUUUUAAAAAAGACAGCAAACUUUUUUUUUAUUUAAAAAAAGAUAUAUUAACAGUUUUAGAAGUCAGUAGAGUAAAAUCUUAAAGCACUCUUAUAAUAUGGCAUCUUUCCAUUUCUGUAUAAAAGCAGAUCUUUUUUUAAAAAAAAUAUUCCUGUAACUUAAGAAACCUGGCAUUUAAAUCAUAUUUUGUCUUUAGGUAAGGUUUGGUUUGUGUUUGUGUUUUGUUUGUUUCGCUUGUUUUCCCCCCCAAACCUUUUGUUUUCUCUGUGAAACUUACCUUUCCUUUUUCUCAUCCUUUCUUUUUUUUGUAUAUUAUUGUUUACAAUAAAUAUACAUUGCAUUAAAAAGACAA